GUGGCUGAAUUCGUUCUUCUAAAAAUAUGCAGCAAAUUAUAUAGGUUCUGACGUGUUAUUUUACAUUCUUUAUCAUACCACUUUUGUUUAUAAACGUACGUUUGGUUUUUGUAUGUCAUGUCAAAUUUACGUGCUGUGUCAACUAUCACUUUUGUUAAUUGUUCCGCAGUUGGUGUAUAUCUUAUUGGAUACUCGUCGAGGACAAGCGGUAGCAGGACAUUACGUCGUACUGCUUCCAUUAGAUACUUGAUGGCUAUGGGUAAAUGAUCGGAAAAAAAUUGUUCGCACACACGGAAACUUUGUAUAUAAGGUAGCACAUUAAUGGAGGCCGCACACAAGUCUAUUACGGAACACCCUGUCGUUCCUAAGUUGUGUAUUAACUAUAGAUACAAAAGCAAGUUAAAUGCCUUUUGAACACAUACGCAAGAACACGAGAUUUCUUCAGUACAUUGCAGCUGCUUGGGUUGGUAUACUACAACUAUCUCUGUAUGCAAACCUCGUAUGGGGUACACCAACGCUACCUAAGUUAUUAUCUGAAGAUUCCCCAAUUGGAAGACCGCUGAACUAUGAAGAAGCGUCCUGGGUAAUGUCAAGCUUAAGCUUGGGUAUGAUAAUAGGAGGUAUAUUAUUGGGAAUUUUUCUUGAUAUAUUGGGAUCAAAAUGCAUACUCUUGAUCGGGGCUGUAUUUACGGUCAUCUCUUGGACCAUUCUGGGAACGGCAAAGUCUUUCGCCGCGCUUGUAGCCGGUCGCAUUGUGGCAGGUGUAGGUGAUGGAAUUGCGGUCAUGUGUAUACACAUUUACCUAUGUGAAAUCGGAAGCAAAGAUAUUCGUGGCAAAUUGGGAGUCAUUCCCAUGGUUGGAGGUAUUUCAGGCGUCUUACUUAUGUAUGGCGGUGGUCCGUAUUUAACGUAUACCACUCUUAUUAUAUGCUCCGUAAUCUUUCCUCUUAUUUUCAUUAUUUCCUUUCCUUUCAUGCCAAAUUCUCCAUACUUUUUAAUGAAGAAAAACCAGUGCAAGGACGCUGAAUUAUGCUUGAGACGAUUGGCGUGCAGUGCAACAACUCGUUCUGAAAUAGAAUCUAUGCUUGAAGAAAUUGAGGGAACAUUAAAGCGUGACAGUCGUGGUAAACACUUGCUGUCGUUGGUGUUUGAUGUUCGCUUUGGAAAAUCGCUGCUAAUUAUCGUUGGGGCUCAGUCUAUUGGGAUUCUUUCUGGUCUUGGUUUUAUCCCACCAUACUUUCAGAUCAUCUUGAAGACAGCCGACAGUAGCUUACCGACAGAACUAAUAACCGUUAUUUUUGGUAUUGCCCAGAUUCCUUCACUUUGUUUGUGCGGAUUGCUAGUGGAUAAAAUUGGAAGGAAAUGGAUGCUAGGCAUAUCGUCAUUCGGAUCUGGAAUCACUCUAAUGCUUUGUGGUACCUACUUUUAUCUUAACGGAAUAUACAAGUUAAACACUGUGAAGUUCCUGCCUGUGGUGUUCUUAAUCGCUUACCAAUUAUUUCUAUCCGUGGGACUUUGUUAUGUACCAAACCUUAUAGUUGGCGAAUUGUUUACGACCAGAACAAAAAAAAUUGGAGGUCCUACUGUUACAUGUAUAUCUUCCGUUCUCGUGUUUGUGACCGUUAAAAUCUGUGGUAGUGUGUUCGAGUCUUGGGGGCUGUAUACACUGUUCUGGGCGUUUGCGUGUGCUUCAUUUUUGGGUGUAUUUUUUGCUAUGUAUGUGUUGCCAGAGACAAAGGGUAAAUCAUUCGAGGAUAUACAAAAGACUCUAUUGUCUUCUAAUAGUAUUAAAACUAGCGAUAUGGAUUCAAAGAAUCCUGUUAUUUAA